CACCGUCAAACUCCAUACCAUUCACCUGGAGCAAGCACACCUGAACUCACACCAAAGAUGAAUGGCGCAUUCAAAGUUCCCGAACUCCCCUCUUCAGGCGGGUCCAAACGCAAGCUCCCCAGCUCAUCAGCUACCGAUACAUUUGGAGCGGGUGUCAAACGACCUCGAACGAAUAACAACGGCAGUGCGGACCCCUUGGCCAACCUCAGCAAGAUCCCCAACUCUAGCAAAUCGGCGGCUUCAACGGGAAACGCAGGAAGCAUACCUAUAGCCUCGGGGAAGGGUAAAGGAAGAGCAGCGACGGUGGAAGAUGAACGAGAUGAAGAAGGACCGCAGGACGUUCGGAUGCAAGACGAGGAAGAGGAUGUCGAUGGGGUCUACGGGGUUGCCGAGGAGACGUUCGAAGCGGAAGACGGGGACGAAGAGGGAGGGAGGUUUUUCGGUGGGGGGACGAACGAGACGCAGGAGCGGAUCUUGGACAUGUUCGCCAACGUAGCAGACGAACAAGCCUCGGCACUCCCGACGAUCCCCGAGCUGAGGAAACAGAUCAUCAAGUUCGAUCGGGUCGUCAGGAAGAAUGCGGAGAUGAGGAGCAAAUGGAUGGAUCAGCCAACCAAAUACUUAGAUUCCGAGACGGAACUGGACACGGCAUUCACCUUCCUCUACCCUCUCCCUCAAAAUCCGCUCCUAUACUACCCAGAAGUCAUCAAGAACGACCUUCUCCUGCCCGACCUCGUCCAACUCUUGUCCCACGAUAACACGGAUAUCAGCUUACAGGUCGUCAGCGCGUUGUAUGAGAUGACCGAUGAGGACGUCGGGGAGGAUUUGUUGGAAGCCGAGGGGGAGGGGGAAGAUGAGGACGAAAAGAGGGAGGAGAUGAGGACGAAGUUGAGGCUGAUCAUGGGGGAUUUCAUCGGAUUACUGCUGGACCAAUCCAUCCUCGAACUCCUCGUCUCCAACCUCUCCCGCUUGAACGAAGAAGACGAAGAAUCAGACCGUACAGGCGUAUUCAACAUCCUCGGCAUAUUCGACAACUUUCUCGGUUUCCUCCCCCCUCUGGCCAAUCAGAUCGUCGAGCAGACCGAGCUCUUACCAUGGUUACUAAGUCGGUUGACGGUACCAGCUUAUGAUAGCAAUAAACAGUAUGCGAGCGAGGUCUUGGCGGUGCUCUUGCAGGAAGAGAGGGGGGUGAGGAUGAAGCUGGCGGAUCUGGGAGGUAUUGAGCCGUUAUUAUUGGCCGUCUCGGUCUACCGCAAUAAAGACCCCGGCGACACGGAAGAACUCGAAUACAUGGAAAACAUCUUCAACGCCCUCUGUUCCGUUCUCGCCGAGCCCGAACUCAAGCACGCCUUUCUCGAAGCAGAAGGUGUCGAGCUGAUGGCACUGAUCAUGAAGGAAAAGGUCGUCGCUCGGACGAGAGCGAUCAAGGUCAUGGCCUAUGCCACGCAAGGGGAAGAUGGCAAGGGAUGUUGUGAGCGUUUUGUAGAGGUUUUAGGGCUGAAGAGCUUGUUCUCGGCGUUUAUGGGCAAGGGCGGUCCGAAGAAAUCCAAGACGACAGCAGCGUUCGCCACUUCGCCACUAGAAGACGAGGAACACGUCUUGUCCAUCCUAGCGUCCCUUUUCACAUCGCUCGAUUCGGAAACACCGGCCAGGAUCAGGACGCUGGCCAAAUUUGUCGAAAACGACUACGAAAAGAUCGACCGGUUAUUGGAGAUGCGAGAAGGAGCGGUAGGAAGAUUGAGUCGAACGGAUCGGGAGGUGGAUAUGGAGAAACAGAUCAUGCUAGAAAACGGCGAAGAGAUCACUGACGAGGAAAAAGACGACUGGUACCUUCGUAAACUCAACGCGGGGCUAUCACAUUUGCAAAAUAUCGAUUACGUCUUGGCCUGGGUCGUAAUGGAGGAUGACGGGGCUCAAGGUCAUACGAAAAUGCUACUCAGUCGAAAAGGCAAGACUUUCGAAGAUGUAAUCGGCGUGUUGAAGGAACUCCGAGAUACGAUCGCCUCUGAUGCCGAGGUGGAUAACGCAAACGACGGUCAAGCGGACGUACAGCCGGACAAGGUGAUGAUUCUGGACGCACUGGUGGCGUUUUGCCAACAGCUCUAGAUCUAGUAACAAAAGGAAAGUAGAGGCAACUGGCGAGAUUUGUAUACAUCAGAGUAGAUGGCAUAGAUACAAGACGCUCUCGCGCAUCAUAUCCGACAAACAGCGGUA